AUGUACGCUCAUGUGAAGUCGGGUCAAUCGCUAUGCGGGUACGUGCGUGGGUGCUGGUCCUCGAAUCUCGAAUGGUCGAUCGAAGAAUACCGAAUGAGCCGCGACGUCCAGUACCUCACCAAGCUCGAGGAGUUGCGUAGGAAACUCAACGAAAAACAAGCGAAAAAGUGCUCGGCGGAAGAGGUGGAGCCGCUCAGAUCCGCUGUCAUUGCCAUCGAA